UUAGUACAGUAUUAAAACAGAUAGAGCAGAGCGGAGAUAUGAGAAUGGAGUGCGGCUUCCUAAUCCUCGUGCUUGUGCUUGCGUUGCUAGGGACGCAGACAACACGAGUGUUGGGCGCCGUGGGGACAAGUAGCCGGCCGUAUGAACAAAGCAAUCUUGCCGUUCCGUCGGCGGCCAUGAUGGGCAGGUGCCCGAAGAAGUGUGGCAAUCUGAGCUUCGCCUACCCAUUCGGCAUGGGCACCGGCUGCUUCCGCAACCCCGACUUCAACCUGACCUGCGUCGUCGAAGGCAGCACGGGCACCUCCCGGCUCUUCUUGCGCGACGGCAUCACCGAGGUCGCUGCCGGCCAUGGUUCCGGCAUCGAGGUCGGCUGGUCGCCGGAAAUAAGCAUCUCCUACACCGAAACCGUCCCUGUCCGCUCCGGCGUGGACGUCUACAACAUGUCCUCUUGGUCACCUCCCGGGCGAUCUUUCUUGCUAUUCGAUGCCAGCAUAAACGUCACGGGCUGCGGCUUCGACGUGUACAUGCUGGACCACGACUUGAACACGACCUCAAAGGUCUGCUCAACCACCUGCCCCGGCGGCGAGAUCACGGAGACGAUGGCCAUGCAGAACUGCAACGACACCUGGUGCUGCUCCGUCCGUUUUUUCUUUAACUUUAAUGGGUUUCAGUUCAGCUUUGUCCGGCGACGGGGCGAGGAAGGCAGGGUAAACUACACAAGUCCCUUGUGGAACAAGAUCAGCGUCACAACGGACGAUGCAAUCCUGCUGUGGUAUGUGGCCGAUCAGCAAAGAUGUGCCGACGCCGAGGCAGACGUGGCCACCUACGCCUGCCUCAGCAGCAACAGCAGCUGCACAGAUAACGAUUUUACAUAUAGCGGCUACCAAUGCUACUGCGACGGCGGGUAUGUAGGCAAUCCCUAUGUUCGCGGUGGUUGCUCGCGCGACAAAGGAUAUAAGCCAAAUCAACAAGUGACAAAUUGCACACGACGAUGUGGAAACAUUGACAUCCAAUUUCCUUUCGGCCUAGAAGAAGGCUGUUUUGCGAGGGAGGUAUUUCAGCUGAAUUGCACUAAUACGACAACCUCUACACUACAAAUGAAAGAUGAUGAUGAAAAUCAAGUGACGUACAUAAAUAUUGAGGAGGGGCUAGUGGAGAUUAAUUAUACGGCAGAUUAUUACAACCUGCGGUUUUCCGCGAAUUAUAUUGACGAGGAAUCUAACCUCUAUAUGAGUAGUUAUUGGCACACAUCAUCGGUUCAGUGGGCUGUCGCUAACCUAACUUGUCAAGAAGCACAGAUGGACAUGUCUAGGUAUGCAUGUGUCAGCAGCAAUAGCACAUGUCUGAUUGUCAACUCUACGAUGAAUGGUUUCUAUGGUUAUCGCUGCAAAUGUUCGCCAGGCUAUCAAGGAAAUCCGUACGUACAUACUGGUUGUCAGGAUAUUAAUGAGUGCACUAAUACAAGAGGUAUAUGUGAAGAGGUUUGUCAUAAUACUGUGGGGAGCUAUUAUUGCACCAAGUGUCCUCCAAAAAUGGACUAUGAUACUACAACAAUGCAAUGUACUUCAAUAAAAAGACAAAAUAUUUACAUAGGUAUUAUCAUUGGGUUGAGCAGUGGCUUCGGGGUUCUUUUUCUUAGCUUGAGUGGAGUUUUCAUUGUACACAAAUGGAAGAGCCACAUCCGAAGGCAGAUGCGGAGGAAAUAUUUUAGGAAAAACCAAGGUCUUCUUUUAGAACAACUUAUAUCGUCGGAUGAAAAUGCAAGUGACAAGACAAGAAUUUUCUCAGUGGAAGAGCUAGAGAAGGCAACAGACAACUUCCAUCAAACACGUAUCGUUGGCCGUGGAGGGCAUGGCAUGGUUUACAAAGGCAUACUAUCCGACCAAAGGGUAGUUGCCAUAAAGAAGUCUAAGGUCAUUGAGCAAGGUGAGAUCAAUCAAUUCAUCAAUGAGGUCGCCAUUCUCUCUCAGAUAAACCACCGAAACAUCGUAAAGCUUUUCGGAUGUUGUCUUGAAACAGAGGUACCUUUGUUAGUGUACGAUUUUAUCCCCAACGGAUCAUUGUAUGGUAUUCUUCAUUCUGAUUCCAACACUAGUUGUUUAUCUUGGGAUGACUGCAUAAGGAUUGCUUUGGAAGCUGCAGGAGCUCUCUCUUAUCUCCAUUCCGCAGCAUCAAUAUCAGUCUUCCAUCGUGAUGUGAAAUCAUCCAAUAUACUAUUGGAUGGAAACUACACAGCUAAGGUUGCUGAUUUUGGGGCUUCAAGGCUAGUUUCUAUUGACCAAACCCACAUUGUGACAAAUGUACAAGGCACGUUUGGGUACUUGGACCGAGAAUAUUACUACACUGGACAAUUAAAUGAGAAAAGUGAUGUCUACAGUUUUGGGGUUGUACUCAUUGAGCUACUUCUCAGGAGAGAGCCAAUAUUCACAAGUGAAUCCGGCUCGAAGCAAAACUUGUCAAACUAUUUCCUAUCGGGGUUAAAAGCAAGACCAGUUACAGAAAUAGUAGCUGCCCAAGUUCUUGAUGAAGCAACUGAGGAAGAGAUUAGCAGCGUAGCUUCCCUUGCAGAGAUGUGCUUGAGGCUCCGAGGUGAGGAUAGACCUACCAUGAAACACGUGGAGAUGGCUUUAAGGGUUCUGCAAACAGAAAGGUUAAAAUUGUGCCAUGUUGAUCCAGGGAAUGCACAAGAGAAGGAACCACUGCUAACUCCAGCAAGAGAAAAAGAUAGCUCUGAUCAGUUGGUUGCUUCUGAUUGUGUCAAUGCUAAUUUGGCAUCUGAAAACAUGAAACCGUGCUAUAGCUUUGAGCAAGAGUUCAUGUCAUAUGAUGGUGUUUCACGCCUCUGAUGAUCAUUCGUCCUUUAUGCAUCAAUAAACAAUGCACAUUUGUAAGGUCAAGCACCAUAUGUACCGAUGUAGUAGGUUGUGUAAGUUGUAUUUCUCAGGUCUGUUGUAAACUAGUAUACCAAACUUUGUGUGAUCCUGUCAGUCUAUUCUAUGUAGGUUGUCUAGCUUAGUUCUUGAGUGGCAAAAAAAAAACACAAUUUUUUUGAAAGAUGGCGAUUGUAAUGUAUCAGCACAUGCAAAAUGAGGCAUUAGACAAAGCAGGAUCCAUUCUGGUA